CCAAGUGUCCACAGUUCCACAGAGCACCAGCUUACAAAGGGCUGUCUGUACAUUUUACACAGUUUAGUGAAAUUUGAUAGAAGAGUGAUCUGUUUCAAGUCAGAUAUCACCGAGAGAGAGUAGCCUUCGUGCAGGUGAAUGAAGGGGUUCAAGGAUGAGGUGGUGGAGCUCGACCCCAUGUGGCUUGCUCUGUCUGCCGUAUCUCUCUCCUGUGUGACGUAGAAGUACCAAGGAAAAAGCAGAGCAGGCACCUGCGUCUGCCUAAAGAGGAAAGGUAGCUACUGGGGACAGAGGUGUGAAGUGUACUAUGCGGCCUUGUUCUGUAUUGUUUACAUCGCUCGGCCACGCACAAAGCUCGCCCUCGAGCUGUCUGCAACACUUGAAAAACUACAAUAAGCACGUAGGGAUACAGGGUCUGAUCGGCAUCUACAUAUGGUUCCUGAUGAUCCGAUGGUCGCCAGGGUCGUCGAGUGCCAGAGUAGCGGGUGUAACGGUGGCUUCUCAGUCGGGUGCAACAUUCAGAGGCUGAAUUACAAGUGUAACAGGUGACAAUGAAGCCUCAACUUGUGUUAUCUGUCCUGGCACUGACGCUAGCGAUAGGCCACUGUAGGGGUCCGUGGAACCUCUCUGACCCGGUGAUGCAAAUCGCCAACAACAGGGUCAGUGUUACACUUGAAGGUCCGAAAAAGCUGAAGGCAGUUAGCUUCUUCAUGAGUAUAGAUAAAAGCUUCGAGAACUUCAAGGAUGCCGAACACAAAUUCAAAUUGGUGUGUAAACGAGUGUCAAAAAGAAAAUCCUGCAGUGGGACCGGAGGACCAGCGCUCGCAGCGGGCCAGACGGUCCACUAUGCCGUCAAAGCCAAACUGGGUCGGAAGCGGCAGAAUCUCCUUGGCAAGACUUGGACACCUGUCUGGGCCACAUCGACCUCAGCGCCCUCUCCUUCAACAGACGCCCCUGGGGGACCUACUCCUAAUUGUGCGUCGCUGGAGGGUGACUUGCCCAAUGGAUGCAUCGAAGUAGGAUUCAUAGAGCCGGCCCCCAUAAUCCCCGGCGGAAACCCCGAACGUGGUUUCUACAAGCACACCGAGUCGAAGACCUCAUCUUGGAGCCCUGUGGACGACGGGCAGCUCCGGGAGUGGGCCCAGAGUGGGUACUCUCUGAUCUACAGGAACAUCAUUCUAGACUCCUUCGUGGACAGUGACAUCAGUACCGAGAUCCUGCAGAAGAUCAGAGAUGACUUUACUACUAUCAAAGCGAACAGAAUGAAGGUUAUACUAAGAUUCUCAUACAGCAUUGACAUCAACAACAAGAAUGACGCUCCACCUGAGCAACUGCUCAUGCACAUCACGCAGCUUGCACCGAUACUAAAGGAUAACGCAGCUCUGAUCGCCGUAAUGCACGCUGGCUUCAUCGGCGUGUGGGGGGAGUGGUAUUACACGGCACAUUACGGCAACGAGGGUGUGCUCUCGGAGGAGGACUGGGCGCGCCGUCGUCAGGUUGUCAGCGAACUCCUUCAGGCGUUGCCAGUCUCACGAGAAAUCCAAUUACGAACGCCCGAGUAUAAGCGACGGAUCUUGGACCGAACGUCAGCUCUCACGGAGGAUGAAGCCUUUGGUGAAGAGCAGGUCGCUAGGAUAGGUCACCACAACGACUGUUUCUUGGCUUCCGACACGGACUUCGGCACGUUCACCAACAAGACCGACGAAUAUCCGUACGUGCAACAAGAAACUCAGUAUGUCACGAUGGGGGGAGAAUCAUGCAACCUCAACCCACCCAGGUCAGACUGCCCGACGGCCCUGAAGGAGCUGGAGGAACUGCAUUACACGUACCUCAACGCAGAUUACCACCCAGACGUGCUCGACGCUUGGAACUCCCAGGAUUGCUUCGACGAGGUCUACUCAUCUCUUGGCUAUCGUCUGGUGGGCGUGAUGGCGAGGAUCCCAGAGAAAGCGAGCCUGGGAUCGACGGUAUAUGUGGGCGUGCGGGUGCAGAACAUGGGGUGGGCGGCGCCAAUCAACUAUCGCCGUGCUGAGAUUCUGCUGCUUCACGAGACCUCCGGGGAAAAAUUACACCUCGGGGUUACAGUUUGACCUAAGGACCUGGCUUCCGGGUGACCACAAGUUACAGUUCAGUGUGGACCUUCCUGCAUCUGCAACAGCCGGCGAAUAUAGUGUCGUGCUCAACCUGCCAGACGGAGACCCCGGCCUGUACGACCUGCCGGAGUACAACAUCGUGUUUGAGAACGCCCAAGACAUCAGUGAUCUCGAAGGGCGCCGCAACUUCAUCGGCUUCGUCACGGCUUCCUGAGCGGCGUGUCGCUACUUCCAGAUCUAUUUACGGUUUUAUUAUUACUGUUAUUAUCGUUAUUGCUAUUAUUAUUAGUAGUAGUGGUAUAAUGAUGAUGACAGUGAUUAUGAUGAUGAUGAAAAAUAGAUAUAAUUAUUAUUAUCAUUAUUUUAGUUGAUUUAACAUGAGUUACUUCGCAGUGCCCUGUUCGGAGAAUUCAUGAUGCAUAUAAAAUACAAAAUGUUAUAAUCAGAUGAUAAUGCGAAUUCUGAGUUGUGAAUAGUUGUAUUCCAGGGAGCCGUAAGCUUAUAUGAGUAUGUAUAUGUAUUGUUUUAUUAAUCAUCAAGUAAUUAUUUGAAAUAAAGUUAUUAUUUCUGCAA